AUGAAAAUCCUCGUGAGGAUCGCCAUUGCAUUGUUUCUACUCUCCCACAGCGUCACCGGAACCCAAAUACUGGCCAAAUCCCAACUGAAGAAGUGCGAAAAGGUCUCCGAUGAGCUUAACUGCACUUCCAAGAUUGUUCUUAAUCUGGCUGUUCCCAGUGAAUCAAGUGGGAGAGAGGCGUCAAUGGUUGCGGAGAUUGUGGAAGCGGAGGAAAAUUCAACCAAUCAAAUGCAGACGCUUCGAAGCCCUCCGGUGAUAGCUAUCAAUAAAUCCUCUGUCUACGCUCUGUAUGAACUGACGUACAUACGUGAUGUCGCUUACAAACCCCAAGAACUUUAUGUUCGGACACGAAAAUGCAGGACUGAUGCUGGAGGGCGUAUUGUUACGAUGUGUGAGAGGUUGCGGGAUGAGAAUGGCAACAUUAUCGAAGAUACACGGCCAACUUGCUGUCCUUGUGGAAACCAGCGUAGGGUCCCAUCAUCAUGUGGAAACUUUUUUGACAAGUUGACGAAAGGAAAGGCAAAUACGGCACACUGUCUUCGCUUUACAGAUGAAUGGUUUCAUGUGUUUAGCAUUGGACAGCGAUCGAUUGGAUUUAGCAUCCGAAUUGAGAUAAAGACAGGAUCAAAGACAUCGGAAGUGGUUGUAGGUCCACAAAACAGGGUCGCAGUAUCUGAAGAUAAAUUUUUGAGGGUAAAUCUAAUCGGAGAUUAUGUUGGAUAUAUCAACAUUCCUUCGUUCGAUAACUUCUACCUUGUUAUUCCUAGAGAGGGUGGUGCAGGCCAACCUCAAAUUCUGGGAAACAACUUUUCCAAGUGGAUGCUUCUUGAGAGAGUCAGGUUUACACUAGAUGGUCUUCAAUGUGACAAAAUUGGAGUUGGUUACAAGGCCUUUAAUGCACAGCCAAACUUUUGUGCUGGACCAUAUUGGAGUUGCUUGCACAAUCAGUUGUGGAAUUUUUGGGAGGCAGAUCAGAAUCGGAUUAGUAGGAAUCAGGUUCCACUGUAUUGCGUCCAAGGAAGGUUUGAAAGGAUAAAUCAACAUCCAAAUGCAGGAAGUCAUGCAUUCUCUAUUGGGAUCACAGAAGUGCUGAAUACCAACCUUAUGGUGGAACUGAGUGCUGAUGACAUAGAAUACGUUUUUCAAAGGAGUGAUGGGAAAAUUUUAGGCAUCACUGUGCCAACUUUUGAAGCUCUAACUCAAUUUGGGACUGCAACAGUUACAACCAAGAACGUUGGUGAAGUCGAAGCAUCAUAUAGCCUUACUUUUGAUUGCUCAUUGGGUGUCAACCAAAUGGAGGAACAAUUUUACAUAAUGAAGCCAGACGAGGUAGUCAAUCGAUCGUUCAAACUAUACCCUACAUCAGAUCAAGCUGCAAAAUAUGCAUGUUCAGCCAUACUGAAAGAUGCUGAGUUUAAUGAAGUUGACAGAGCAGAGUGUGAAUUCACAACUACAGCCACUGUUCUUGAUAAUGAAUCCCAGAUAUCUUCCCCACCUCCAAAGACCGGUGCAAAUGGCUUCUUCGACUACAUUGAGGAGACGUGGAACAAACUUUGGUUCGGUAUGGCCGACUUCAUCACUGGAGAGAGCUGUAGAAGAAAAUGCUCCGGAUUUUUCGACAUCAGCUGCCACAUACAAUACAUCUGUCUGACUUGGCUUCUGAUGUUUGGCCUGUUUUUAGCAAUCUUUCCAACAGUUGUUGUCCUCCUCUGGCUUCUGCAUCAAAGAGGACUCUUUGAUCCUAUUUAUGACUGGUGGGAGGAUCACAUAUGGAAGUCUGAGAAAAGCAGAGACAGAUGGAAGCAUUACCGACAAAUCGAAGCGCACCCGAAGGAACAUCAUCGCCACGGAAAGAAACAUCACCGCCAUAACAGGCACAAUCUCAGAAAAGGAGAGAGUGGAAGUGAUUACAAUUACAUUCUCCACCAUGUUCACAAGGACAAUAAGCACAGCAGGCAUGGAAGAGUCAAGCACAAUUACUCGCCGGGAUCAUCAGCCUGGCAAGCCGCCGAGGAGCUCGGCAAAGUUCGACAUCAUCGAAAACGGAAAGAAAGAAUAUCCCUCACCCAUACAGGGAAUCAUCAUCCAUGGUAAAAAUCAAGACAUAUAUACAUCUCUAGUUAGUUGUAAA